AUGGCUACCUAUAGAUACUUGUCACAAGAAGUUCUGUCUGGUUUUGAUCGGUAUAAGUAUAGUUCCAUUGAUACCAGUCCUGUCAGCAAAUAUAUCACUCAUCCUUUCUGGGACAAGCUUGUUCAGUUGUAUCCAAGAUGGCUUGCACCCAAUGUUCUUACUCUGGCUGGAUUUUCUCUCCUCGUUGUGUCUUUUGUGGUGCUGACUAUCAUUGAUCCUCACUUCUUCGAAGCCAGCCCUGACCAGCCAGGGGUGCCUAAUUGGGUGUGGCUGCUGUGCAGCUUCAAUGUAUUUUGGUCUCAUACAUUAGAUGGUACUGAUGGAAAGCAAGCAAGGAGGACAAGAAGUAGCUCUCCUCUGGGCGAGUUGUUUGACCAUGGACUGGACAGUUGGGCUACACUGUUUUUCCCCAUAAACAUGUAUUCUAUCUACGGACGUGGAGAAUUCGGGGUGAACGUGUUCAGGGUUUAUCUUGUCAUGAUUGGUAUCAUGUUCUGUUUUAUUCUGUCCCAUUGGGAGAAGUACAACACUGGUAUCCUGUUUCUACCUUGGGGCUAUGAUCUCAGUCAAAUAGGAAUGACUUUGCUGUUCCUAAUAGCUUACUUUGGAGGGCAUGAGAUGUGGCAAUUCAAACUCCCUUUUACAGACUUGCUUUGUGCAGAGGGUUUAGAAAUAGCUAUGCACUUAGGAACUUUCCUUUUGACUGUCCCACCAACCUUAUGGAAUAUAUAUGUUGCACACCGUGAUGGGACAGGAAAGAACAGAACACUGUGGGAGGCCAUGCGUCCCUUGGUGGGAACUUUAGUACUCUUUUGUCUCAUGAUCAUCUGGGCGAAGUACUCCAGCUGUCAAAUUAUUGAACAGCAACCUCGUCUUUUUUACUUCUGCACUGGAACCUUAUUUUCCAAUAUAGCUUGUCGACUCAUCAUUAGUCAGAUGAGUGAUACUCGCUGUGAGUUGCUGAACUGGAUGCUAUAUCCACUGGCAGGUAUAGUGUGUGGAGUCAUGCUAAUACAGCCAGGUCAUGUAGAAGUCCCAAUACUCUGGGCAUUCACAAUUUUUACCACAGUGGCUCAUAUCCAUUUUGGUAUCUGUGUGGUUAAAGAGAUGUGUGAACACUUCAACAUUUCUGCUUUUACCAUUAAGAAAAAAGACUAA